AUGGCGACGAAUCUCCAGAAACUCUCCUCCCAAAUCCACCGUCUCUCUCCAUUUGCCAGAUCCCUAAUCAUCCGUAACUCCGCCACAUCUGCUCCUGUCUCCGUCGCACCUUCUCCGUCCUCGGGAUCGAAGAAAGUCUCCGACCGAAUCGUCAAGCUUUCCGCGAUCGAUCCGGAUGGAUUCAAGAAUGAAAUCAUUGGGUUAUCUGGUCAGACUCUCCUUCGUGCUCUAACUCACACUGGUUUGAUCGAUCCGGCGUCGCAUCGGUUGGAUGAUAUCGAGGCUUGCUCGGCCGAAUGCGAGGUCCAGAUCGCUGAGGAAUGGCUCGAGAAGCUCCCGCCUCGUACCUACGAUGAGGAGUAUGUGCUGAAGCGUAACUCGAGGUCUCGUGUUAUGAACAAGCAUUCACGACUUGGUUGCCAAGUUGUGUUAACGCAAGAGCUUCAAGGUAUGGUCGUCGCUGUCCCUGAAGCGAAGCCAUGGGAUAUUCCGUAA